AUACAACUUCUCAUCCAAAAAACAAAAAGCAAAAAAAAGAAGAAAAAAAAAGCAAAAACCAAAACAAAAAGGGGGGGUGCAACUACUUAGAAAUGAGAAAAUCAAUGCUUCCUCUCCUUUUUGUUUUUCUUCAUGUUUCAGCCUCAUGGGCAGCCUCUGGUCCUCUAUUUAACACCAUUUCUCAAUGCGUAUCAGCCCAAGCAAAGCUACAAUCAAGCGAAGUGUCAAAAAUUCUCGUUGCCAAAGACAGCCCUUCAUACACAUCCGUGCUACAAAACUACAUUCGAAAUGCAAGGUUCAAUACCACAGCCACACCGAAACCAGUCAUCAUCGUGACCCCAACAGCCGAAUCCCAUGUCUCGGCUGCUGUUGUUUGCGCAAAGAAAAGCGGAAUUCAGAUUAGAAUCCGCAGCGGAGGCCACGACUAUGAGGGUGUAUCAUACGUCUCUGAUGUCGCAUUUAUCAUCAUUGAUAUGUUCAAUCUUCGGUCCAUUGACAUUGACUUGAAAACACAAACUGCUUGGGUUCAAACUGGUGCUACACUAGGAGAACUUUAUUAUAGUAUAUCUCAGAAAAGCAAAACACUCGGAUUCCCAGCUGGGGUUUGUCCUACUGUUGGUGUUGGUGGGCACUUUAGUGGUGGAGGAUAUGGUUUCUUGAUAAGGAAAUUUGGACUCACAACAGAUAAUGUUGUUGAUGCUAAAAUAGUGGAUGUACAGGGCAGAAUUCUUGAUAGGAAAGCAAUGGGAGAAGAUCUAUUUUGGGCUAUUAGAGGAGGAGGAGGAGCUAGUUUUGGAGUAAUACUGUCAUUCAACAUAAGAUUGGUCACGCUUCCACCAACUAUUUCAGUUUUCCGGCUCGAGAGGUACUUGGAAGAGAAUGCAACUGAUAUUGUUGUUAAGUAUCAGCAAGUUGCACCAACCACUGAUGAAAACCUUUUCAUGAGAAUGCUUGUCCAGCCUGUGGAUUCCAAAGUGAAGAAGGGAGAGAAGACUAUUAGAAUCACAAUUAUAGCUGAGUAUCAAGGAGAUGCAAAUACUCUCGUCGCAUUGUUAGGCAAAGAGUUCCCUGAGUUAGGCCUAAAGAAAGGAGAUAUUGCAGAAAUGAGUUGGAUUCAAUCUGUUCUAUGGUGGAAUCAGAUACCCAAUGGCACCGCACCUUCAGUCUUGCUCGACCGAGAUGUAAAUGACGCAGACUUUGUGAGGAGGAAAUCAGAUUACAUAAAGACCCCAAUUCCCAGAGCUGGCUUGGAAUCGCUAUGGACCAAGAUUGUUGCCAUUGGCAAACCCGGACUGGUUUUCAAUCCAUAUGGUGGGAAAAUGAACCAAAUCCCUCCAACAGCAACGCCUUUUGCACAUCGAGCUGGGUUUUUGUUUAAAGUCCAGCACUCAAUAACAUGGUCAGAACCGGGACCUGAGGCAGAACAAUUGCACACGGGUGAGAUAAGGAAGCUUCACGAUGCACUUACACCAUAUGUGACACAGAAUCCUAGAAGUGCUUAUUUGAACUAUAGGGACUUUGAUAUUGGUAUCAAUCAAAAGGGCACCUAUGAAGAAGGAAAGGUUUAUGGGGAAAAGUACUUCAACCAAAAUUUUGAUAGGUUGGUUCAAGUAAAGACUCAAGUUGAUCCUGAGAAUUUCUUCAGGAAUCAACAGAGCAUUCCAACUCAUUCAAAGGCUUAAAAACAAACACGUAGUUGGACUGUCAGGCGUGAUUAUUUUAAAUUUUAAAUCCCAUAGUUGAAUAAGAGUUUCUCAUUUAUUAAUAAGAGUUUCUCAUUUAUUGAUAUUCC